AUGUCUUGCCGCUCCUACAGAGUCAGCUCAAGUCGCCGGGUGGGCAACUUCAGCUCUUGCUCGGCUGCGACCCCCCAGAAUCACUUCAGGGCCAGCUCUGUCUCCUGCAGGAGUGGCUCUGGCUUCCGGGGUCGGGGUGGCUUUGGUAGUCGGAGUGUCAUCAACUUUGGAUCUUACUCACCCCGGAUAGCAGCUGUGGGCCCUCGUCCCUUCCACUGCGGAGUUGGCUUUGGUGCUGGCAGUGGCGUAGCCUUCGGUAGUGGUGUUGGUCUGGGGUUUAGAGCUGGCAGCAGUGUUGGUCUGGGGUUUGGAGCUGGCAGUGGCCUUGGCUAUGGUUUUGGUGGGCCUGGCUUUGGCUACAGAGUUGGAGUUGGUGUUGGAGGCCCGGCAGCCCCAUCUAUCACAGCUGUGACUGUUAACCAGAGCCUGCUGACCCCCCUCAACUUGGAAAUCGACCCCAAUGCCCAGAGGGUGAAGAAAGAUGAGAAAGAGCAAAUCAAGACCCUCAACAACAAGUUUGCCUCCUUCAUUGACAAGGUAAGGUUUCUGGAGCAACAGAAUAAGCUGCUAGAGACCAAGUGGAGCUUCCUCCAAGAGCAAAAAUGUACCAGGAGUAACCUGGAGCCUCUCUUCGAGAACUACAUCACCAACCUGAGGAGGCAGCUGGAUGUACUGGUCAGUGACCAGGCCCGGCUGCAGGCUGAGAAGAACCACAUGCAGGAUGUCCUUGAGGGCUUCAAGAAGAAGUAUGAAGAGGAGGUGGGAUUCCGAGCCAAUGCUGAGAACGAGUUUGUGGCUCUGAAGAAGGAUGUAGAUACAGCUUUCUUGCAUAAAUCUGAUUUGGAAGCCAACGUGGAUACCCUAACUCAGGAAAUUGACUUCUUGAAAGCUCUGUACUUGGAGGAAAUCCGGUUGCUGCAGUCACACAUUUCAGAGACAUCGGUCAUCGUGAAGAUGGACAACAGCCGAGACCUGAACCUGGAUGGGAUCAUUGCUGAGGUCAAGGCACAGUAUGAGGAGGUGGCCAGGCGCAGCCGUGCUGAAGCUGAGGCCUGGUACCAGACGAAGUAUGAGGAGAUGCGCGUGACUGCUGGUCAGCACUGUGACAACCUACGUAACACACGGGAUGAAAUCAACGAGCUGACUCGGCUGAUCCAGAGGCUGAAGGCAGAGAUCGAGCACGCCAAGUCUCAGCGGGCCAAGCUGGAAGCCGCAGUGGCUGAGGCUGAACAGCAGGGUGAGGCAGCCCUCAACGAUGCCAAGUGCAAGCUGGCAGACCUGGAGGGUGCCCUGCAGCAGGCCAAGCAGGACAUGGCGCGGCAGCUACGGGAGUACCAGGAGCUCAUGAAUGCCAAGCUGGGCCUGGAUAUUGAGAUCGCCACCUACAGGCGGCUGCUGGAGGGCGAGGAGAUCCGGAUCUGCGAAGGUGUUGGACCAGUAAACAUAUCUGUGAGCAGCUCUCGGGGCGGUGUGGUAUGUGGGCCUGAGCCAUUGCUCUCCAGCUCUACCCUUUCCCGUGGCGUCACCUUCCUGGGUGGCAGCAGCGGCAUCCACACCGGCAGUGUGAGCCUAGGUGGGGCCCGGGGUGGCUCCGUGAUUGUGGAGGAGGCCUGCGUUCCCAGUGUCCCUUGCUCACUGCCCACGGAGGGCGGCUUCAGCAGCUGCAGCGGUGGCCGGGGCAGCCGCAGCUCCAGCGUCCGCUUCUCAUCCACUACCACCUCCCGCCGGGCCAGGCGCUGAGAGCCAAGCCCCAGACGGCCACUGCCCGGAGAAGAACCAGCUGAACGUCCCCUGCUUCUGUCCCCCGAGGUGUGCGGACUUUGGCCCUGAAUGGUCUCCAGCCAGCCUUCCUGCCGGGACGCUCUCCAGUGUUCUCCCCAGGUGCGGCUGCGCCUGGGCCGGGCCCUCUUGGAGGAUUUUUCACCCUGUAGAUGCUAUAACUACACAGCCAGACCGGCUUCUCCCUGACUGCCGGUUUCCUUCACCGGGAUCACGCUCACCCUCAACUCACAGCCUCUAGAUGAGCAGAGUCAGUGCAGCUGCAGACAGCAGCACACCUGGGGAGGAAAGGAACCACUGCAAGCCGCAAAGCAUGUGUUCCCACCCCACAGCCACCUUGGUUUUGGAGUAAUGGGGAGAAUGCACUGCAGACACAUCCUUGGCCCGCAGCCUCUAGUUCCUUUCUCUUUCCUUCCCCGGCAGAAGACGAUUUUUUCCUUCUCUUCCUGGCCCCGAAGAACCCACCAUCUUUGGAGGCCAGGGAUCCCUAGGUGUCCCGCAGUGGUUCUUCUCCCAGGCCUUGCAUGUCGCCAUCUUACUUCCUGUGUUGUUGGUUUCCCUUCCCUGGCAGCACAUCCCAAGGUGGGUGGAGAGGCGGCCUCCAGCACUCCGUUCCUCUGCCCUGUUGCUGCAGCAGGGUUAGUGCCUGCUCUUUCCAGGGAGGCUUGGGGUGGGUGGGUGCCUGUUUGUACUGCUCUUUGUGUUCCCGGGUUUUCAAUAAACUUGCCGA